CUUUGUCAAAACAUUUUUCAACACUGCGAAAAAAGUGAAAAAAGGAGUGCUGUACCAUCUCAUUGCUUGCCUUUUCCUAAGAAAAAUAUGAUUUUUCCUUCGAUUUUCAGCUUCAAACGUGCGAUUUUUCGGUGUAGUGGAAUGAAUUAACUACUCUUCGAUGCGUUAGCAGUGGAAUUGUACAAAAUGGAGUUCAAAUACGCCAGCUGGAUUGUACUUACCGUAGGUGUCUCCAUCAACAUCCUCGGACUGUUUUGGUUCAUUGCAAUCAUCAUUGGCCUAGUUGGGUUUCUUAUCGGUUUUCUGACCGUUCUUUAUCUGCAACAUGGAGAUUUGGAUAAAUUUCUCGACAGUGGCUUGUUGGAGAAUCCAUUGGACGAGCCAAAAACUCUUGGGCUCAGCAUUGUAUGUGACCAGAAGCCCAGUAGUAUGCUAUUGAUCUCUCCCAACAUUAAAGUCCAAACCGAGUCCCGGAAGUCCAGGUUGCACGCUGCGGCUUCCUCUGAGCAAGGCAAGCGACGCAACCUUCUGGAUGCCGGCAUCGAGCUACUCUUUAAGAAACGAACCGGCGAGGGGACUUCCCCUUCCGGCAGCAACGGAAGUAGUGGGUCCUCCUCACAGACCAACAAAAUAGGGACUGGAUUGAUAACGGAUAACCUCAUGCACAAGGGCCAUUUGCACUUUCACCAAAAGGAUAAUAAAAUUCUAGAUAAUGCACCACCGACGACUUCGACUGGGCCACUAGGAAAACUGCUCUCUCCGAGUGAGGAUAAAACGGGUUUGGGACGAUGGAGACCGUUCGAUAACAUAAAGAUCCAUACCGAUAAGGGAAAGACGAUACAGCUGCAGCAGCAAUCUCAUCAGGACGGGGAUCGACCACAUCGGAGAAAAGAUGUGGGUGCCGUUCAAGUUGGAGAAGAAGUGACCAGCAGCUCCAGCUCAUCGCCGCUAGCAUCCUUCAAAUCUUACAUUACUCACCCGGAAAUACUUCUACAUCGAGAUUCCCCUCCCGGAUCGCCUAAGAAAAAGAAAAUUCUCAGCGGAAACAAAUCGGUUGACAAACUCAUCCAUACCAUCGUAGACUACGUAAUCCGAGAUUUCAUCGACUCAUGGUUCACGGCCGUCUCCGACAGUCGUGAAUUUAGCGAAACCAACAUACGUAACAGUAUAGAAACGCUGAUUCUCAAAGUGUGCCAACGGGUUAAAUCCGCCGAGCUGCUUCCCCUGAUGACCACUAAAAUAAUAGACGAUUUGGCACGCCACACCAGAUUCUACCGACUUGCCACUCAGGAAAAUAGCUCCAAGCAAAUGAAUGGGACCGACCAGAAAAGACUGAAGAUACACGAGAAGCUAUCACCUCAGAAAAGGAAUCAACGAGGAAACGGACAUCGGCGGAAUAAAAGUGAAACCGAUCUUACUUGGCAUCUGGGGAAUGCAGCCCUGCAGAAAAAUGUAGCGAACUCCAAAUUCUACGGUGUACAAGCAGACGAACAGUCACUGGUUGAUCCGGAAGCUAUGCUUUUGAACUCGUUUUUUGGAUUCUGUGACGACUACAAGCAACAAUGCAUGAGCGAAGAAGAAAUCCUCGAUUACUUCAAACGCAUCGCAGAAACAGUAUUAUACUUCACACUACCUGAAGAAGAUUUCAACUGCCAGACCCUAAGGGCUCUGCUCAGCAACAUCCUGGCGAACAAUCUUCUCAAACCAUUGGUUUCUAAUCUAACUGAUCCUGACUUUAUCAACCUGCAAAUUGCCAAGCAUUUCGCCAAAGAUCCCCCCAGUGGAGAGUUUCUCCUGAAAAUGAUCCGACAGUCCCACGACCUCUCGGAGCUAAGAGCCUGUCGACAGCUGAUAACCAAAGAAAUGGACGACAAGUAUAAAAUUAAGAACUCCGGUGCCGAAUUGGCCAGCCUCAAAUACACGCAGAAGCUGAUCGAUUUGCGGAUCAGCCACCUGCAGAGCAACAAGAGUGACUUGGGCAAGACCAGUGAACUGGACCGGGGAACGCCCAAUCUGCCCCUGCUGGGCUUGGACAUCAUUCUCCGCAAAGAUCUGGCCGUUUCGUACUACCUGGAUUACCUCAGUGUGCUGAACUUGCAAAAAUAUGUGAUAUUUUACUUAACUGCUCAAGAAUGGAAAUUUACAACGAUUCAGAGUUUCUCUGACAUGCAGAUCAAUAAGUCUAAGCUUUCGCGGGAAGAGGUUAUGCGAAUUAUCAGAGAUAAAGCGAAGAACAUAUUUCAAGAGUAUUUAGUUCCAAAAUCUGCUAAUUACCUCAACAUUGAUCCUGGUUUGAUUGAGGCACUUAGGAUACGCAUCGACGAGACCACCAUGCCACCAGAAAAUACCUGGUUCGAUUCAAUUUGCAAGUACGUGUACGAGAAACAGAAGAACGAAGAAGUAUUCCUGAACAACUUCUAUCAGAGUUCCGGCUAUAAGCAACUGCUUCGAGAAUUGGAUUUCAACAGUGCGCAAGACCACGAUCUGCCAUCGUUGGACAGUUUGGGCAUUUCAAAUCAAUUGGACAGCCUGAGUGACACCAACUCCGGAGAUAUUCGCUUCGAUGAGACCGAUGACGACGAUGCGGUUACAGGACCUCCGAGUGGGAUGUUCCACAGCGACAUCAAAGAAGAACACGAUAUUAGAGCUAGUGCAAUCCAAGGUGCGAAAUCAAAUCUGCUACCAACGGUGGCCAGUAUCAAACAUGCUCGAUCCCAUAGCGAUUGCACUGGUAUGUUCUCUACCAUCAGCGAUUUCAACAUAGAACAACUGAAGUCCUCAGACUGUUCGAGUAACGAAUCGGGUAAUGAACUCACAGCGCCUUCUGAUGUAACUCUCUGGGCCGACACAGUCGAUGGCGAGAAUCUACCGCAGCCACCGGUGGAGAUUCUAAUCGACAACAGGUCCGACGACUCUCUCGUCUUCAAGCAGAAACUUUCGGCCAAAAUCAUCAACACGGCAAUACUCAACGAGGGCCAAUACGCAGUGUACGCCAUUCAGGUUCAGGUCAUCGAGGACAACCAACAGAAGAGUUGGCACAUCUACCGACGAUACUCGAAAUUCUUGGAAUUGAAAAAGGUUCUGGUGAAGAGAUUCCCGCAGCUGACCAAAGUACCAUUCCCAGCGAAAAAGGCAUUCCAGAAUACUCAGCGUGCCGUUCUAGAGCAUCGGAUGGAAAUUUUGAAUCAAUUCCUGGAGGAAAUCUGCAACAGGGCGGAACAGAGCGACGACAUUCGAGGAAUUGUGAGAAACUUUCUGGAACCGGAUACGGACGACCGGAAGAUGCACGGUGGAGCUGUGGUAAAAACGAUUGAAAGCUUCAAGUCCGGUAUGAGUAAAAUUCGGAACAUGCCAGAUACUUUAGUCGGUGGAAUUUCCCGAAUGAUUCUGGGGAAAGGACCCACGAAGGAGCGAACCUUUUACGACAUCCAAGAUAUACCCACACUGGAAAUGAAACAAUCCGAGUAUCCUGCGUUGACGUCGGCGUUAAAUCUUUUGGACGAGGUGUUCGAUCUGCAGAACAAAUCGCAGUGGCUGCGAAGAGGCUUGAUCAAUCGACUGCUGGGCGCCCCCUGGGUCAGCCAUGCAACGAAUAAGAAAAUAGUACAACUCGCUGGUUCUCUCUUGGGGAUGGACAAGGUGGAAGUAGUGCUGUCUGCGGUGCUAAACAACAUGUGGCCUGAUGGCGAUCAGUUCAAUCCUAAUCCACCGCUCCGGGAAGACAGCACCAAACUGCGAACCAAACUCGCCGCCAAAAUAGCUCUUUUCGCUUUACUCUCGGACGACUUAAAGCACGUCGUCGGAUCGGUAACGUGCAACUCCGGUUUGCUGAACUUUUUCCAAAUGCUGCAGAACAAAAAGCUGAAUACGCGCCUUUUGCUGGUCGUUAUGGAUCACGUGCUGAAAGAGGUGUUCCAAACGGACAGCAUGACCAAACACUCCGCCAAGCCAGGAAGCGAUGGUGACGAAGGAAGCACCAUACGCAUCGGGACACCUUCCGGAUCGGCAGCUGGCUCGAGGAAAUCUUCCAAACACUACUGAUUGGAAGGGGUGCAUCGAUAGGAAAUUAGAUACAAACAUUCCGCCAUAUUGACAUUUAACAACACAUGUGCUAAGUCUGGUUUUAGAACACUUCAUGUCAAGUGUAGUACGAUUUUAGUUUUUUUUUAUUUCUUUUUUGAUUAAUAUAAAUGCUUUAGAGCAUUGCAGAAAACAAAUCACGAAGGCAAGAAAAUUGAUAUUUUAGUAGGUUAUAAGUAUUUUUUAUUCCAUCCAUAUGAUAGUGUUUUUUUUUGUUACAAACCCGUUUAUGUUUAUUUUGCUUAUAUUUCGAGUACAAGACUUAUUACAAUAAAUCAUCUUUGAAGCUAGUAA